UUUUGGUUUAUGAAGUUAUUAUAAAAUUGCUCCGUUUAAAGAUAAGAACGAAAUUUAAAUAUAUUGUUACUUUAACCGUUUAUGAAUCAUUAUGUGUGGAAAAAUGUUAGAAAUAGCUGAUCCAGUACAUGGUCAAAUUCUGCUUCCAUAUGACAUCGUCCAAAUCAUUAAUACUCCUCAAUUCCAACGUUUAAAAAAUAUCAAACAAUUGGGUGUGAUGUUUGUGAAUAAACCAGAAACAGUGCAUACAAGAUACGAUCAUUGUAUUGGGACGUAUUGGGCUAGUAAGAGAAUGCUGAAUAAACUAGAAAUAAAUAGUAAAUGGAUUACAAAAGACAAGGAUUGGCCAGUAUAUCGGUUGUCCGUAGAGAUUGCUGGAUUAUUACAUGAUAUAGGCCACGGACCAUUUUCGCAUGCUUGGGAAACUGUUGUUGAAAAUUAUAAUCAUGAGUGGAACGCUUUACCAUGCGUUAACGCAAUUUUUCGGCAACUGGAUAGCAGUAUUUGUAAUAAUUUACGAGCAAACCGCAAUUUCGGUAUUGAACUCAUAAAGGCACUUAUAGUUGGGGAACCAAAACUACUUUCAACUCCAAUGCCAGAGCAAUAUCUUUUUGUGUUCGAGGUUUGUGUAAAUUAACUGUAUUUAGAAGGAUAACAU